UGCUACGUGUUCAGACACGCAGUCGGAGUUGGAACAGGGCGAAGGUUGGUGGUAGUUGGACGGAUGGGUUAGUGUGUUGGAAGACAAGGCAGUCGGUGUAGUUCGAAGGGGCCAGUUUCUAAUUUCUGUUUGGUCAAAAGUUUCCCUUCCCCACACAUUAGUGAUGGUUGAGAAGAUAUUAGAAGAAGUGCGAGGGUCCGAGACUGAGUGUUGUGAGGUUCUGUCUACUCGUGGAGGGGACAAUAAGACGGUGACAGGUACUAAUGAAUGCCACAACAGUGUGCAGCAGCGCAAGGAGGAGGCACGGCGCAAGCGCAGGAAGAAGAAGAGAACAGGCUCCAGCCUUGUAUCUUCCUGUUUCCAAGAGCUCUACAGGUUGACUGGUGAGGUGCUUGGAGAAGGGGCAUAUGCAUCUGUUCAGACCUGUGUUAAUAUCUGGACAGACUUGGAGUAUGCUGUUAAAAUUAUCGACAAGAUUCCAGGACAUAGUCGCAGCCGAGUGUUCAAAGAGGUGGAGACCUUUCACCAUUGUCAAGGCCAUCCUAACAUCAUUCAACUCAUAGAGUUUUUCGAAGAUGAAGAAAGGUUCUACCUUGUGUUUGAAAAAGUGAAUGGUGGUCCUCUCCUUACCCGCAUCCAGGAACGCGUUCACUUCACUGAGCGAGAAGCAAGUCAGAUCAUCAGGGAUCUUGCCAGUGCACUCCAGUUCCUUCAUGUUAAGGGUAUUGCUCACAGGGAUCUGAAGCCAGAGAAUAUCCUUUGUGUUUAUCCAGACAAGCUGAGUCCAGUGAAAAUAUGUGACUUUGACCUGAGCUCAGGAAUCAAGUUCAAUUCAAACCUGGCUUCUCCCCUCUCUACACCACAGCUACUCACCCCAGUUGGAAGUGCGGAGUUCAUGGCCCCUGAAGUCGUAGAGGCUUUUAUUGGCGAAUCUAAUUCAUAUGAUAAGCGGUGUGAUCUCUGGUCCCUCGGAGUGAUAAUGUAUAUCUUGCUGUGUGGCUACCCACCUUUCUACGGCAGCUGUGGGUCUGACUGUGGUUGGGAGAGAGGUGAAAACUGUCAAGCAUGUCAGGAACUGCUGUUUACAAGUAUCCAAGAAGGUUGUUACGAUUUUCCUGAGCGUGAAUGGGCAGAUAUCUCGGAAGAAGCCAAGGACUUAAUACGCUCAUUGCUUGUGAAGGAAGCGAGCCGCCGUCUGUCUGCAGAGUGUGUGCUAACUCACCCCUGGAUGUCUGCAGACUCAUCCAGAUCUAACCUGGCAGCCCGAUCUCUGGUUACUCCUCACAUCAUUAGGAGGAACAACAGUGCCCGUGAGCUGUCAGCAUUUGCAGAAAGUGCAAUGGCUGUGAAUCGUGUUGUGCUGCAGCACUUCAGCAUGAACCUUGAGCUAGGCAGUAUGCAGACGCCAUCAUUGAUCAAGUCCUCUGCUGUCCAGGAACCAGAUUUAAGUAAUGGAGCUGGUUGUGGUAACACUAUAUUUGGUCUGUCUCCUCCAAGUGAAUCAAAGUUGAUCCAACGCCGCAAAGCUCAAAGCUUCACCAAGAAGUAUGACAGCAAUGAGUUGUUAAAAGUGGAGGAUAAAGAUCUGCCGGACAGCCACAUCACAACCAAUGCCGCCAAUAAAAUCAACUCUGCAGCAUCUGCUACCACAACCACAGAAGGUAAAAAGAUAGCAAAUCUUCUUCUUGUUGCUUCCUCGCCCACAUCUACUCCAGCGCCUAUAGUUGUGGUGGCAUCUCCUAGUGGCUGAACCAAGAAUUGAACUUCGGCCAGCAUGUGUACCUGAUUUAUUAAUUAUAAUUUUUUUUCACAAUUCAUGUUUUUUUAUUGCAAAGUACUAUUGAACAUAAGUGCCAGACUGACGUUUUAGAGGUAUCUCAGUGUGUUUCUGAGUAAGAUAAGCUUUUUAAAAAGGCAGUUGGUAUGCUAUUUGAGCACAGGUGAGUCGGUCUGGUCGCUUAUUAUUUCUGUUGCCCAUAGAGAUCCUCCGUGAUUUGUUAAGUGAAAAAAGAACUGAGAGAAAGACUGAGUAGUACUGGAAACUACAGUUCAGUAUUUGAAUCACUUUGUAGUGCAUGAUGUAUGUCGGUUUUUUUGUCAGUAAAAUUCUUGCACUUUCAGUAUGGUAUUAAUACCACCCAGUUUAUCAAAUCUUGUUUUAUCUGCAAAAUUUGGUGCUGAGUGUUUGCUUCCAAGAUCACAUCGAUUGAAGCCGUUAGCUCCUCCCAUUUCUGAUUUUAGUAAACAGCGAACAGUUGCAUCAGUACCAUUCUGCUUUUUUCUUAAGAGAAAAUGUUGAAGUAAUUUUCUUAUGAUGAUGAAACUGUCACAUUUGAAAAAGUGUAAUAGCUUCCCUCCUCAAGAACAUUAAGUCAAGUCUUUUGUACCAUCAAGCGGUUAUAUUUUCAAAGCAGUUUAACUGUAUUGGUCUUGUCAGUUGUAGUGAAAGUGGAAGUAGUGAUAAUUUUGUGUUUCAUGCAGUUUGUCUUGUGGGAUACAUGAUCCAGUCUCAGAUUUGGACAUGGACUGUAAGCAGAGCAUGCUUAAAAUACCGUAUUUACCAGCACCAGCAAGAGUAUGACUCAUAGUAAUGGAAGGGGAAAGUACAUAUAGAAGACUGUUGAAUAAUUUUUGUAUAGCCACUUUUAAAAUAUUUUUGAGUCCAUACAAUUUAUGUGAUGGCAUAAAUUGCUUUUUGUGUUUUACAUUUCAAGUAUGGCGGUGGUUAUUUUUUUUUCAUCAGUGUAGGUUGGGGGGGGGUUUGCUGUAGGGUUUCCAGAUGUCACUCAGAUAAUUUCCAAGGAGAUAUUUCUGCUGCUAAGUAGGAUAUGUUCACAAUGAGAAUCCCUUCCUCAAUUUAAAUGACAAAGUGUUGUUCUCCCCUUGUUAUAGGUGUGUAAAUACGGUAUUUUGUAUUUUUUUAAAUGAAUGAUGUAAAUAAUAUUAAAGCUGUAUAACUACUCAGGGCUAUAUAAUAUACAUUUUCCCCUUGUUCUCUGAUCAUAAGGGUGAUUAAGAUAGGGACUUGAGCAUUAUGUUUGCCAUGAUAGUGUAUUGGUUUUCAAACUUUGAAGGGGCAAAACAUCAGCUAGUGAAAUUGCAGUAUGCGUUGGCUGUGAAGGACCCUUUAACGAAUAGGCCGUAUAUUAUCUAAUGUAUGCACGUAGAAUUUCAUUUUAGAGGUUUUUAUGGCAUAGUGUGGUAACUAUCUUGAAGAGCCUGCAUUUUACAUAUGCCAAGAUGUUAGUAUGGAAACGUGCUAGUGAGAAAUGGCCAAUGUUGCUUGUAAUAAGUCUGACAAAUGAAGUAGGCAUGUCCUAAUACUUGUGGAGUGUAUGAUAUUGCCUCAUUAACAUUGUAUAGGUUAUACUUCUUUCAGUUUUAUAACAUGGAAUUAUGUUGAAAGUUGCUUCUGGUCUCUGUUGUAUUAUUCUGUAAGUUCAUAUCCUGUUGUCAUUUUAAAGAUAUUUCAAGUUACUUCAUGAAAACCAAGAGUGAUGAUUUGAUACGAUCUGCCUUAAUAAAUUAUUUUUCUGUAUUACAUUUCUGUCAUCCAUUGCAUUUGUUAUGGGAUUCCUACUGCCACUGCAAUCAUAAUCAUUUGUGUGUAAUAAAUUAUGCUAGAAACAUUUAUGUAAGUAUACAAGCUUGAAUACCAUUACCAGAGGUCAUGAAAUGUUACAUGUAAACCAGAACACCUAACUGUGGAAGUUGAAUAUAACUUCAAUACAGAUUCAUUGCUCGAUUUUUGCAGUUAUUUCUUUUGUAAUGUGUUAAUGUAUGUUUGAUUGUAUGUAUGUACAGUUUUCUUGUUUUAGCCUGUCUAGUCUAACAAUGAUUCCAAAAAAACAACAUGUUUUGGACAGUUCAUGGCAUUCAGUCUCUUGAUAUGAUCGAAGUUAAAAUUAAACUGAAUCGUGGAAUAUUAUGUGUUUCCUUAUCAAGACUUAUUGCUUUUCAGUUUCCAAGGACAUUGGCAUAAAAUAUGCCAGAAUGAGAACUUGUGUGAUGCUGUGUAUAAAAAAUGCACAUCGUUUUUUCCCUCCUUCAGGUACAAAUGUAAGUUUGUGUGCUGAAGCGAGUAAGUGUGCGUGUAUAAAUGUAUAUAUAUAGAUAUAUAUAUGUGUAUGGUAUGACACGACGCAGUGAGAGUGAAAAUCCGAAAGUAUGUGAGGACGUAUGAAUCUUUUUUCAUCAAAGAAAGCAUUAAAGUUGAAUAAUGAGAGCGCUUUAGACAACUUAGUGUUGUGGAAUGUGCUGGCUAUACAUUGCUUUGUAUCCAAAUUUGGAGCCUCCUAAGGUUUAACGAGGUACCAGUUUUCUUUCUGACUGAAAUGCCAGUGGGAAGUGAUAUACAGUUUCAAAAUAGACAUAUCAGGAAUGGUAACAGCUGAAUUUAAUGCCAGAGAUUGGAAGGUGUAUUUUCAUAGUACACUUCAAAGUGUUGACAAUCUGAUGUCUGCAAGCAAAGUAAAGUAUAUACUACUGAAGACAGAAAUUAAGAAGUUAUCUGAGCAUCAUUAGCCAUAAUACUUAAAGUUUUCACAGAAAACUGCAUAAUUGACACUUGCAGCAUCAGAUUUCCAUUAACCGUUUAAGCAAUGCAAAAAGAAAUGCUUUCAGAAGUCAUUUUUGGAGAGUUAUUGGUGAUGGCCUAUGGCAUUUGUUUGAGAAAUAUUACAACUGUGUGUGUAUUCUUUGUAAACAUGUCACGUUAUUGUUAUAUGACGAGACAUUCCAUCAAAUUAGACCAAUCUUGACAUGAUUGGAGCAGCCAUAAUGUUAAGAAAGUUGAAACAGGUGUUAUUCCCAGUGUUUCAGACCUCAUGGAACCAAGCUAUGAGAGAGAGAAACCAUAAGUUGAGUAUGUUUUUAAGAAUGAUGGUAAUGAUCUUAACUAAUUCUGAUGAAUGGGAGAUACAUGCUCUUUGAAAGUUCAAAGAUGAUCAUCUGUGUGCUAGGUGAAUAUCUUAAAUGUUUAUUUAGUAAGUUAAGAUUGGGUGCUUUUUUGAGAGAGUAAAAUCUCUUGUAUGUUAAAACGAAAAUUCUUCAAAAUAUUGAAAGAUGUUGCCAUGGGAUUUAGCAGUUUUUGCUGCUGUCAAGCAUAAGGAUUUUUCUUUCCUCAUUCAAGAAUAUGAAAUGUUAUGGGGGUGAUUAUAAAACAGUUCAGAGUAUGGACUGAAAUAUAGACCCUUUGAAAUCUUGAAUGAUGAUAAUACAUUUAAACUGUAGCAAAUUCAUUAUCUCCCAGUUUUGUUUUUUUUGCAGAAUGGGGAAAAUAUAGUAUCAAGAAUUAAUUUUUGCAUCUUGUUGUUUUGAAGAUUAGUUUGGGUCACUCGCCAUCAUCUUCCAAACAAGUGCUUUAUUAUGUUUUUAAUUUUUGUUCCACACCCUUUUUUUUUUUAAACUUAACAUUACUGGUAAAACAUGGAACAUUGAACAUAAUAUGGUGCUUAAUUACUGAAAGCACUGUAUCUGUGAUAUUAAAAACUUGUAGAAAAAAAUCAAUAAAUUAGUGAAAAUUA